CCAUAAAGCAUCACAACACGACUGGCUAGAUGACUUCCUUAAGCAAUAUGAACUGUCUCCAAGAUCAACAACAAUGUUUAAGCUCAAAGAUAUUGAAAUUAUUAAACGUGCACUUGCAUUCAACUCAUUUGUAAAUGGCAUUGACUUCUAUGGAUGAAACUACAGAUUUUAUGGGCCAAGGAUCUCAAACAAUUGAUCAGAGGAAUUCCUCAUCAAUCUACGUUUCCUCCACUGGUGCGAAAGUGUAUGUAUUACCUGUGUUUCGGCAAUUCAUCUGGACGGAAAGAAAGUCCACCCCUAAGGCCAAGAAAGAAAAGAUUGCACGUGUCUCAGGCAUUUUAUGUUUUGCAACUGAAAAAGCCUAG